UUGCGGCGCUUCGCUUGUGUAUUCGGAGCAGAGAGUCGUGUACAGCAGCCAUUGCCGCAUUGGCUGACUCGGAGCUGCAUUUCUGUUGGAUCAAGCGAAGCGGGUCACUCACACUCACUGCGGAAAUGGCCGAGGUGAAGAAGCUUGCCUCUGCGACUGCUGCCCCUGUGCCGGCUAGGCGUGGCCGGCGCCGAGCUGCGGGGAUAUUGCCCCUGCCAGCGGGGUCCUCGUCGGCCAAGGCAGCAGCAGCAGCAGAUGCCGAUCUGGAUCCGGGCAAUGCUGCAGACGACGAAGCGGCGCACGAGGACAUUGACCCGGAGAAAAAGGCGAGGAAGAAAUGGAAGCGCAGAAUAAAGCGCAACGUGGUCAAGCUCUAUGACGAAACUGUUGGUCGCACGAAGAAAGAAAAUUCUGAUCCAGAGUUGUCGGGUCAAGACCUUCAGGAUGACGUUAUGGACGGAAAGGCACUGAGAAAGAGGAAAGCAAGCAAGCUGAGAAGGCAAGAGCGGCGUGCAAAGCGCAGAGAUCUGAUCGCAAAGCUGCAGAGAAUAUGGUUCUACUACCUGGAGAAGGAUGGAAAAAAGAUGGGUGCAUACCUGGUCCGGUAUCGCAAACAAUCGGACAUGAAGGUGUACAUGCGUCCGUUUGCGUUUGAGUUACAAACACGAUUGCGGGCGUUGGAUAUGAAUACUGAGGCGGACGAGCUGAUGCAGUUUGUUUGCGCGAACGCUGACAAAGUGGCAGAGCCAUGCGAUGGUGACACGACUAGCAAUCGUGACUUGAGCGACUCUGAGUCUGAUACUAAGGAAAAAGGUGAUAAUAAUGUUGAUGAUAACGUUGAUGAUACUGCUGAUGGUAAUGUUGAUGAUUAUUAUGAUGAUGACGUAGCUGGCUGCAGACGACUAUUAUUGGUAUCAACGCCAAGCUCAUCGAGUUUAUCUUUUGAUUUGGAGCAGGAUAGCCCUGGCAGCAUGUCGCCCUCAGUAACUGGGAUGUGGUUAAACAAGAAAGUCGUCAAGAAGACCAACACAUUUAAAAAUGAAAAGGAUGAAGCAUUCGUCUACAGACCUUCCACCGUUUCUGAAGAAGAGGAGGACUGGAGCAGCGCGGAAAGUGAGAGCAUGGAGUCUGACCAUCUCCCUACAGAAAUGGAGGCGCUGCUAAGCCAGUGGCCUCAUUAUCCCCACGAAGCCACGCCAAGACCCAGCCCGACGCCAAAACGGUAUAAAAGAAAAAAGUCCCUUCUUGCCAGCAUGCGACGAUUGGAAGCGGCAACGCAAGCAGCAGCCGCAGCAGCAGCAGCUAAAGUCGUGGCAGCGGCAAGGAGAGCAGAGGUGGCCCGCAAAGCAGCGGAGGGAAGUCUCAGCAGCGAGCUCGAGCAGGCGGUGGCCAACGCUGAGAGCUCUUCGUCGUCGUCGUUGUCGUCGUCGUCGUCGUCGGAAGUGAAUUCAGAAGAGCCAUCGGAAGUGGACGACCCUCUGGACGCAAACGGCGAAGGUGCACACCUGAAAGCUUGCAGGAAGCUGGGCACACACAGUGUCACCGAGUUCCUAGAGAAAUGCAGCAACGGCGAUACACUGCAGCUGGACGACUAUCGCCUGGGCAAGAAGGGAGCGGUGACAAUAGCGGUGGCGCUCAAGGUCAACAAGACACUAGAAAGAGUGAGCGUGCGUGACACACACAUCCUAGCAGCCGGCUGCCGGAUCAUUCUGAAAUCCCUGCACUACAACACCACUCUCAAAGAGCUGGACCUUUCCUACAACUGGCUUGGCUACCAUGGCAGUCGAGCCGCCCACGAACUGCUUCUCCAAAACCAGAGCUUAACCGGUCUCAUAUGCUCAGGUGACAAAAUUACCGACCGCUGUGCACACUAUUGGGCGAAAAUCGUGCGCACCACCAAGUCCCUACGCAAACUGGAUCUCAGCUACAAUGAGUUAGGUGAUGAGGCAGGCAAGAAGCUUGGCCCAGCUAUUGCUGAGAAUGAUACCCUCGAAGAGCUCAGUUUGAAGUGGAACCAGCUGAGACAAGAUGGCGCUCUAUCCAUCGCUAGAUCACUGAUUCGCAAUGGGAGACUGAAGGACCUUGACUUGUCCUGGAAUGGCUUCGCCGACAACGGGGCGGCAGCCGUCGGGAGGGCUUUAAAAAAGAACUCGACGCUGGAGUCACUGAAUCUGCGACACAAUCGCAUCUCGGAGAACGGAGCAAAGCUCCUCGCUCAGGGGAUCGAGGUGAACAGCAAACUUAAACACUUGCAGGUCGGGAGCAACCCAAUUGGUAUGGCCGGGGUCACUGCCAUCCUUAUGGCGAUAAAGGCGAACGCUGGAAAUCGACUCGAGGAGCUAAACCUGGACAACGUUGCAAUCACACAGGAAGUCCUGGACAUGCUGAACGCGUUGCAGAUCGUACACCCCGGGUUGAAGGUCACCCAUGGUGGACUGGGUGGAGUGCAGAUGCGGGCGCAGAGUGAGAAGAAGAAAGCGCCCAUGGUUCUAAUCAAACAGUACAUCGACCGAUCCAAUCUGAGACUGGUAGACUUCUUCAACAGCAUCGACAAAAACAAAACACUGUCCAUCACUGCGGAAGAACUGGAGAAGGGGUUAAGGCAGGUGAAGAUCAACCUCACCAGUGACCAGAUCUCCAAACUUGUUCAGCAGCUGGAUACAAACGGUGAUGGGGCAAUCAACUACGCUGAGUUUGUGUCCGGUGCACAGCUGGCUGCGGAGACAGAGCGCCGCUACAAGCAGGAGUAUGAACAUAAACGAGCAUUGCACGAGAUGGCCACGAAGCGUUUGACGGAAAGCCCCGAUCCAUCCGACAAUUAGCCACCAGUGCAGUGUGAUCUGACUGUGAGUAUGACAUUGGUAAGACAUGAGGCCACCGCGUGUGCACACCAGUGGAAGGCUGACUGUAUAAACACAAGACACCAAGAAACUUCCCAGUACAGUUCCCCAGCAAGACUUCCAACGAUGCAUGGGAAUGGCCGAGCUUCCUUCGUCGUCCGACACUGUACCGGUGGCGACGGACUGAGAUCCAUGCUGUGUUGUUUGUGUUGGCCUCACAGCAUGCAGCAAUUUGCCUCGGCAACAUGCAGCUGAGCUAUUCAUCACUUUGAAGUGUACUGGAGCGGCCGAAUCAAUACCGCACCAUGCGGCGAUGCCAUGUAUAUUCCUUACUGGGGUGUAUGAUAGAA